GGUGAUAGGAAGGAAGGAAGGAAGGCGGCGCCAAGACAGCAUGGAAGACUUCCUGCUCUCCAAUGGGUACCAGCUGGGCAAGACCAUUGGGGAAGGGACCUACUCAAAAGUCAAAGAAGCAUUUUCCAAAAAACACCAAAGAAAAGUGGCAAUUAAAAUUAUAGACAAGAUAAGAGGGCCAGAAGAGUUUAUCCAGAGAUUCCUGCCUCGGGAGCUCCAGAUCGUGCAGACCCUUGACCACAAAAACAUCAUCCAGGUGUAUGAGAUGCUGGAGUCCACUGAUGGGAAAAUCUACCUGGUGAUGGAGUUGGCCGAAGGCGGGGAUGUCUUUGACUGUGUGUUGAACGGGGGGCCAAUGCCUGAAAGCCAGGUCAAGGCCCUCUUCCGCCAGAUGGUUGAGGCCAUCCGAUACUGCCAUGGCUGUGGUGUGGCCCACCGUGACCUCAAAUGUGAGAAUGCCUUGUUGCAGGGCUUCAACCUGAAGCUGACUGACUUUGGCUUUGCCAAGAUGUUACCCAAGUCACGCCGGGAGCUGAGCCAGACCUUUUGUGGGAGCACGGCCUAUGCGGCCCCUGAGGUGCUGCAGGGUAUUCCCCAUGACAGCAAGAAGGGUGACAUCUGGAGCAUGGGCGUGGUCCUAUAUGUCAUGCUCUGUGCCAGCUUACCUUUUGAUGACACAGACAUCCCCAAGAUGCUCUGGCAGCAGCAGAAGGGGGUGUCCUUCCCUCCUUAUCUGGACAUCUCAUCUGAAUGCCAGGACCUGCUCAAGCGGCUCCUGGAAACAGACAUGACCCUCCGGCCUUCGAUUGAAGAAGUUAGUAGGCACCCAUGGCUAGCAAGCACAUGAUAAACACAAUGGCAAGUCCUCCCCAAUAAAGUAGGGGGAGAAAGCAAACCCAAAAUCCGCUUCUAAAAUGGUGCUAUAUAUUUUAAUGUUUACUUAUCCUAAAGCUUACCUACACCUUCCCCAGAUUCACUAUUCUUUCCCUCUAAAGAUCUUCAUGGAACCAAGGGUCUCAUUUAGACUUUUUAUUAUCAAUGGCACAUGAUUUUCAUACUGGUGUUUAAAGCUAAUUAGACCCCAGAAUCAUCCGUACAGGGGGAGGAGAGGAGAAAAAUGACCAAGAGCAAUUGGAACCACUAUUGCUGCAACUUCCUUUCCAAAUAAAAGCAGAAGCGUUGGGAAUGCAGAAACAGCCUGACUCCUUGUCUCUGCGAAAGGUCUGCUGGGGCCCUAUCCCUCCUCAUCCCAGAAGCUGAGCUGAGUCUGAGAUGAGGACAGGGUUUCCUCAGGGCCCCAGCUGUGGCCUGCUUCAAACGGGAAGCUGCCCCUGCAGCGGCACAGAAACAGACCCCAGACACCUUCUGGCUUCUGUUGAAUCUCUUUAAUGUUAACGCCAAGUCUGCAAAAGGUUCAGGACAAAGUUGUUUUUUCUCUCCUUUUUAAUUACAAAACUAACAGCUGUUAGAAUCUUUUUUUCCCUCCUAUUUUCUUUUCUGGGCUACAAAAUACUCUGGGAAGAUGCAUAAUUUAAAAUAUAUAAUAUUGCACAAACAACCAAAAGGUUAAUUAAACUAAAGAAAUAAUUACAAAGAGGAAAACCCCCAUCCCACCAGAAAGAGAUUCAGCAUUCUUUCCAUCCCACCCCUCACUAAAGGUCUCAACUACAAGUGCCCACCACUCAGCGACCUGCCUAUCCCUCUGUCACUGUGGACACAGCUGCUAUAUACAGGAAUCGCCAGAGUAGAACUGUGAAGCACCAGGGUCUCCAGGAAUUUCUGCAACCCUCACUGCUCCAAAAGGUGCAGCUUCACCAGAGAGGAGGGUGAGAGCCACAGGCUGGCUCUGUUUCUAGGGAGGGAGCUUUGCAGGAGCCCACCGAGGCCCAGGGCAUUUUCCCAGCAUAUCCUCUUGGAAGCUGAGGGCGGAGGCAGAGCAGCUGACCUUACCAGGCUGUAAGUACUUGCCUUUGCUCACUGCUCUGUACUGCUGGGAGCUGCCUUGUGCCCUAAGCUACAGGGAAGCCGAUGUGGGUAGCUGCUUGGACCAGGUAUUCUGCCAGGCAAUGCACAAAAGGGCCUGAAGUGGCCCUCUCCUCUCUUGUGGAGGGAAAGGACUGCCAGGGUGGACCCUUGCGGUGGCACAGCUGGGCUAAGGACUUGGGUGCAUCUGACAUGAAGCAGCCCUGGAAAUAAUGGGGACAUUCCCAUGUGGGCUGAAGAGAAGGAGGUGAGUUACGGUUUGGUCUCUAGAUUCCGAACCCUAAGGAGCCUUUCCAGGUGUGAAAAAUGCUAAACAGGGAGGUUUCCAAAAGAGGCAAAUUUCCCAGAAAUGAGUGCUCCUUAUACACGAGUAGGAACCAUAUCAUGUUUGCCAAUCCUGUUUAGCCAUGGGCAGGCAUCCUUGCCUGCUUAUGAGUGGACAGAGUGUACUGCCUCUGCUGCCUUGAAGAAACUAGUGGUUAAGCUUCUGUCUACGCACAGAAGGGCCAGAGCUGUCCCUGGGGCUUGCAGCAGGAGUCCCCAGGAGCAGUGGGUUUUCAGCAGAGAAAUGUAGGCUCUCGGUGAGGGUGUAGGUUAUCUUCCCCUUAGAUCAUCCUAAGGUUGGCACAAGUCAGUUGUGGGCUUGGAUUUAAAGAUUCCCUUCCCAAGCAUGAGCAGAGGCCCAAAG